AUGCUCGAUGUCGCACCAGUGGAGCUGUUCACUUGGAUGGACAAAAAAUCCCUUCAGUUUUUGAACUUUCCUCCUGAAAUGAUCGAAGAGGGUAUUGAUGUUGUCAUGCACUGGAUAAACGAAGACAAGGAGCCCGCGGCAAUGAAAGGCGGCGCAAAGAUUGUCCCAACUGAUUCUUUCAAAACAGCCCCGGAGUUGGACAUCGUUCUCAUGGGGGCUCAUGGUGCCUAUCAAACAAACGAGGCCGAGAAGAAGUUCAUAAGGAAGGCCUUCGAUAACUGCAGUGCGUUUGUUACGAUUUGUGGUGGCAUCUAUCCGCUUCUUGAGGCGGGACUGCUCCAGGGAAAGACUGUGGCAGCGCCUAGGCUUCUUCUCGAAGUGUCAAAGGGUAUGGCACCUGAUGUUGACUGGGUGGAUAGGCGCUGGGUGAGAGAUGGUAAGCUCUGGAGCUCUAGCACUCUACUUAAUGGUGCCGACUUGAUGAGGGCUUUUGCUGAAGAGAAUUGGGGGCGGCGUAGUGGGAUGAUGGAGGCACUGUUAGAUACGCUUCAUUUUCCCCAGCGUGAGGUGGACUUUAAAGACUUUGACGGGCAUAACAUCUCUCUUGGCCAUACCUGGGGAUUGUAG